GAGAGAGAGAGACGGGGGGCAAACGAGGAGUGUGGGAGAAAGGGACAAAAAAGGAGAGAAGAAAGAGUGUGGGGGGGAAGGAGGAGGGGCUGUGCUCUGCCGUCCUCUACCCCUUUUCCUCAGGAAACGCAUCCUGUUGCUGUUAGACUGCAGGAGCACCACGCUUGUCACAGAGAGAGAAAGAGAGAGAGAGAGAGAGCAAGAGAGAGCAAGAGAGAGCAAGAGAGCAAGAGAGAGAGAGAGAGAGAGAGAUAGCAAUGGGAGGGAGGGAGAAAGAGAGCGAGGGAGGGAGAGCGAGCGAGCAGAGGGACUAAGCGCUCACACUCUCCCCCACUGUGGCAGCGUUCACCUUCAGACCUCUAGAUCUCGCUCCUCAGCCACUCACACUCUGCACGGGCACGACCCACACGAGACGCUCUCAACGCAGCUCAGUCUCAAACUCUUAUCAUCUUAUCGCGGACCGCACAGACAAGCUCUCCACACAACUCUCCACACAACUCCAGCCUGGCUCCAUGCAUGCCUGUGCAGUGGAGGGAGAAGACUUAAGGAUCACAGCCAGACUGCAAGAGCAAGAACCAGCUCCAACCACUUUGUUUUCCCUGCUGAGAGAGGGAAGAGAGAGAGAGAGGGGAAAAAAACAGAAAGACAAAAGUGGGGAUCCCGCCUCCCCUGUCCCAGCUGCAAAGUCCGAGGAGCAGAAUCGGAGAGGAGGGUAAGAAAAGGACAGCGUGAGAGUCAGGAGAGAAAACACCAAGACAGACACCCACUGGGCUGAUGAACUAGAAGAACCUCAAAGAACAGAGACCCUUCAAAGAAAAAAAAGAGAACCGAGAGAGAGAGAGCGAUCCAGUGAGAGUCGGGGACAGACCAGGAGAAAGAGGAACAGUGUCAUGGCCCAGGUGCUCGACAGGAGGCCCCCUCAAGUGCGUUCAUCAGAGGAAGAAGGAUAAAGACCCCCUGGCGGCGUACGCAACCCCCCCUCAUCCCCCACCCCAACGGACAAGGAUGAACGGAGAUGUUCUCUAGCUAACACCACUGGGCUGAAUCAUCCCAUCACCUGAACACUUCGUAUCUGUGUGUGUGUGAGUGUGUGUGGCGUGCCUGUGUGCACGGGCCUGUGAGCAAGCGAGCGGGGGGUGGGGGCCGAGCGUGAGAGAGGAGAGCGGAGGGAGGGCUGCAUGGCGGUGCAGCGGCUGGUGCUGGCUGCGGUGGCGGUGGCCCUGUUCUCGCUGGUGCUCAACAACACGGCGGCCUGGAGCCCCAGCUGGGUGCUGCAGUCGCUGGACGGCGGGCGCCGCCGCAGCGUGGGCCUCUGGAGGAUGUGCCAGCUGGACGAGGAGCCCGAGGCGGCGGGCACCCGCGGACUCUGCCAGGGCCUCAGCUGGGGCGCGGAUUACGCCGGACGCCACGAGUCACGCAGCACGGUGAAACUGCAGUUUGACAUGAUGCGUGCCUGCAAUCUCCUGGCAACGGUUGCCCUGACGGCGGGUCAGCUGAUCUACCUGCUGGGGCUGCUGGAGCUGAAGUUCAUUACUCAGGACUCCCAGUGGUGGGAGGAGGCCAUCGCUGCACUGUUCCAGCUAGCCAGUUUUGUGCUGGUGAUAGGUCUGGUGACGUUCUACCGCAUCGGCCCUCACACGGAGCUGUCCUACUCCUGCUACAUCAACAUCGCCGCCUGCCUGCUGGCCACCCUGGCCGCCGCCGUGCUCAUCUGGGACAUUCUGCAUCGCCGCGACGACUGCCUGAGCCCGCGCGUCAUCGUCAUUAGCCGCUCCCUGGCCACCAACUUCAGGCCACGGCUGGACAACGACUAUGUGGAGUCGCCGUGCUGACACAAACACACACUAUCAGUUAUGGACACACAGAGCUGAGGGAACGGACUACUGAACUUUCCAGAAAACCUCCAGAACUCUGAGGGUGAAAAUGAAGAGCUGGGAUGAACAGGGAACAUUAAAGCCCACUGCACGCAUGAAUACACACACACACACACACACACACAAACACACGACAGACUAAAAUGGGUUGGAACCUUAAUGGACACUGAGAGGAUGGUUGAAUAUCAAGCUGGAUCUUGACAUAUUUCAUUUUCUGGGCACUUAUAAAAGAAUAGCCAAAAUAUAUGUUAAUAUCUAAUUGUACACAUGUUUAUACCUGUAGAUAUUAUAGAACUGAGUUAGAUUUAUAAUGUCAGAAGGAGCUAGCUAUUCCACACAUAUAAUCAAGGCACAUAUCCCUAUUGUGGAUUCUUUGGUACCUAAUGCUGAUUCUCUAUCUUUUAGACACCUAGCUACAUGCAGGGCACUAUGACCGGGGGGGGGCAAAUGACAGAACCAAAGAGGGUUUUAUAAAUGCCAUCACCAUCACUACGGCUGAUACCCCAAUGCCCACACAGCAGCAAUUAAACAUCUCAUUUAUUUGCACUUAGACAAACAUGCGCUAUUCUAAUGUAGAUAUGUAUACAAUGCCCCUCAAUUAGCAUUUGAGGUAAAUAUGGACUUAGUAGGCUAACAGCGUCUGUAUCACAAGCUGUAUGUAGGUUCAGUGUAUUAAAAGGUGAACAAACUAAAAGAUCUAGAGGUCAGUAUUUACUUCUACAUAGCAGAAUAGGGAAUGGACACUAUAAAGAUGUAAUAAUCAAUUCAAAAGGUUCCAUUACAACUGAUUAACUAUCUUGCUUAUUGCUACAUAGUAUUUGGCAAGUGUUGCUCUGCAGUGAACACUGUUAUAAUGAAAUCCAUAAAUAAAAAGCAGUAAAAAGUUGAAUUUCAUGACGAGUAAAAAAUAAUGCCUCAACUGGCACAACCAACCAAGUAAUUCAGCUAAACAUGAAUGGGGACUGUUUUCAACAAAAUUAACCAGACAAAUAAAAAAGUCUACCUCCAAGUUUCUAAACAUUUACUGCUACACAUUCCUUGCUCAUACUACACUCAUACCUAGGGACACAUAGACAAGGAUUAGGGCCGGCCUUUGGCAUGUUGGAAAAAUGUUAAGGGGAAAAAAGUAAAAAAAGAAAAAGAAAAAAAAGAGCUGGACAUAUACAAGAGUCACACGUGUUCUGCCUUUGCAGACACAAAGGAGGGGAUUUUACACAAAUCACAAAUCACUUUAUGACAGAUCUGAUCCCAUCUAUGUUGAAUGUCUGCUCGCUUGAGGUACAUGUACUUAAAUUAAUUUAAUAUAGUACUGUUUAAGUAUGCUAUUCUGUUAUUCUGUUAUUCAACACCUUCUUAACAUCUUAUGGACUUUCCAAGGAGGGAAGGGAAAUAAUAAUUAUGGAGGCAAAUACAAUAAAACAUAAGAAGACUAA